AAUGUAUAACCAAACCCAUGAAUAAGUCUAACCCUAAUCAAUACAACACAAUCUCCAUUACCUCUCUCCCCAUCUUCACCCAUCCUUCUAUAUAUAUGUACACACACCCUACCAUUAUUUUCAUUGCCAACACAAACAAAAAAAAAACUCACAAAUCAAAUUAAACAAGAAAUUAAUGGGUUCUCUUCCUCAAGUAGUGGAAGAUUGCUUGGGAGUUCUUCAACUCUUUAGUGAUGGCACCAUUUCUAGGUCUAAAAACAUUGAUUUCAAUGUGCCACUCAUUCAUGACAAUUCUGUCCUCUUUAAAGACUGUCUUUUCGAUGAAACUCAUAAUCUUCAUCUUCGUCUCUACAAACCCACUUCUUCAACUAACAAUCGGAACAAACUUCCUAUACUAAUCUUUUUCCAUGGCGGCGGUUUCUGUGUAGGCUCUUACGAAUGGCCUAAUUUUCAUAACUUCUGUCUCCGGUUAGCUUCAAGUCUCGACGCUCUUAUCGUUGCUCCCGACUGCCGUUUAGCGCCGGAAUUUAGGCUACCCGCGGCUAUUGACGACGGAGUUAGUGUCAUGAACUGGAUACAAGCUCAGGGUUUGAGUGAAAAUUGUGAUGCAUGGUUUAGUAAGGGUAAUAUUGACUUUGACCGAGUUUUUAUUUUGGGUGACUCCUCUGGUGGGAAUAUUGCGCACCACUUGGCGGUUCGGCUUGGUUCGGGUUCGGUUGGUUUGGCACCGGUUCGGGUACGAGGUUAUAUAUUGGUUGCACCAUUUUUUGGUGGGAUGGCUAGGACAAAGUCAGAAGAAGGGCCUAGUGAACAAAUUCUGAAUCUGGAGAUACUAGACAGAUUUUGGAGACUUUCUAUGCCAAUUGGAGAAAAUAGAGACCAUCCAUUGGCGAACCCAUUUGCAGUAUCUCUUGAAACGGUAGCCAUUGAUCCAAUGUUGGUCAUUGUAGGCGGCGAUGAACUGUUGAAAGAUAGGGUUGAGGAUUAUGCAAAAAGGUUACAAAUUAUGGGCAAGAAAAUUAAUUAUCUUGAAUUUGAAGGAAAACAGCAUGGCUUCUUCACUAACUACCCAAACUCUCAAGAUGCUGAUCAAGUUAUUCAAAUCAUUAAUAAGUUCAUGUUUGAUAACUCCAAUUCUUCUUCAUAAAUCUAUACAAAUAUGUACCUUGCGGUUAACGUAACGUAAUUUAAAUUUUAGUUAGCUAGUUUGGUAGAUAAUUUAUAGAUGCUCAAAUAAUGUACUCUUAUAUUUUCUGUAUUGUAAUGGAUAAUUAUUAAAGUUACUUU